CUAUUAUUCCUCACCUCGGACGAUGAACAGAGUAGUUGUAGCAAAAGGAGCCGGAGAAAGUAUUUUACAUUGGUUGUCUUAAAAUUCAAGGACACUGUUGGAAAGCAGCGGGAUACAGGGGAAUCACCGUGAAUAUGAGGAUUUUACGCCAUCUGCUGGUGCUUUUAAUGCACCUGGUCCUCGGAAGCGGUGCACAGCGAUUCUCCAAUGGCUAUUAUUAUCAGGAUAUAAUUCAUGGAAAUGGAAAUGGAAAUGACAAUGGGGAGAUAUACUUCCACAAGAUCCGUCUUCACGUUGAGUCUCCUGAAACUCUAGUGUCGGCUGUUCAGGGGAGUAACGUCACACUGCCCUGUCAUUACCGCUACGAGCCCGCGCUCAGCGAGCCCCGCAGAACGCGGGUCAAGUGGUUCUGGCAACCCGUGAGCGACGAGGGACGGGAGCGUGACGUCAUGGUGGCCAUCGGCACGCGUCACCGGAGUUACGGAGACUUCAAAGGACGCGUGCGGCUCCGCCGAAGCGCCCCGGGCGAUGCGUCCCUCUUCAUCAACCCGCUACAGUCAGACGAUACCGGCCGUUACCGGUGUGAAAUUAUUGAUGGUCUCGAGGACGAGAGCGUGACAGUGCAUCUUAAAUUUCGAGGUGUGGUGUUCCCUUAUCACUCCCCUAGGGGGCGCUAUCUGAUGAACUUUCAUGAGGCUAAGGAGGCAUGUGAGAAACAGGAUGCACACCUAGCUACCUUUGAGCAGCUCUACGCUGCUUGGGAGGAAGGGCUGGACUGGUGUAACGCUGGGUGGCUCAUGGAUGGGACGGCACAAUAUCCUGUCGUAGUGCCACGAGAGGCUUGUGGUGGCACCGACCUGGCACCUGGUGUACGGAGCUACGGCGUUCGAGACAAAAGUCUAGACCGAUUUGAUGCCUUCUGCUUCACUUCGUCCAUUAGAGGAGAGGUCUACUUCUUGCAACAUCCCAUCAAACUAAAUUUCACAGAGGCAGCGGAGGUCUGUCAGAACGACGGAGGUCGUAUUGCUAAAGUUGGCCAGUUAUACGCAGCCUGGAGGUUUGUGGGAUUGGACCAGUGUGAUGCGGGCUGGUUGGCUGAUGGUAGUGUACGUUACCCAAUCAUCCAACCCAGGAUGAACUGUGGUACAUCAGAACCAGGGGUGCGCAGCUUUGGCUUUCCUCCGAAGCAUUUAAAACAUGGCGUGUACUGCUACAAAGUCCACUGGUAAAAUGUACAAUUCAUUUUAAAUGUAUAAACACUUCUGUGAAAACCACAGUGAACAGUACUUCUGUUUCUAUACUACUGAUAUUCAAAUCGUAAUAACGUGUUUUUUAUUGUGUCUUGAUUUGAUUUGAAAUGUCCUGGAAUUCCUACCAAAUUUACACUGCAAUGGCACAGAGGCGCU